AUGGUUACGCUGUGGACAACAGCACCGCUGUGGACGCUGGUGCUGUUUGUGGUCCUCUUCUACCAGUUCUCGAGCCUGCGGACCUACAUGGCGCUCUACAUGGCGUUUUGCUUCUUUGACCCGGCUCCAUACAAUGGCGUGGGGCGGCGGUUCGCUGGGCUGCAAAAGCUGCCGGUGUGGCAGCAUGUAAACGCAUAUUUCCAGCCAAAGAUGGUGUUUGAGGAGCCGCUGGACGCGCGCAAGCGCUACGUGUUUGGCAGCCAUCCGCACGGCGUCGUCAGCUACAUGUCGCAGAUCAUCGCCGGGUGCACAGGCCUUGGGUUCGAGUCACACUUCCCCGGCCUGGUGGUGCGCGGCGUGACCAUGCCGUUCAGCUUUAUGCUGCCAUUUUUCCGCGACUAUGUGCUAGCAAUGGGCUGUUUGUCGUGCGACCGCAACUCGAUCCGGCGCAUUCUGUCAGAUCGCCAUGCACACCCGCACCAGUCGCUGCUGAUUGUGGUCGGCGGGGCCGAGGAGAGCAUGCUAGCUCAUGGCAACCGGGCCGAUCUGGUGCUGCUGAAGCGACGCGGGUUCGUGCGUGAGGCUGUGAUGGCUGGCUGCGACCUGGUGCCGGUAUACAACUUUAACGAGAACUCGAUCUACCAGCUUGCCGAGAACCACAAGGGGACCCUGGUGCAUCGGUUCGAGAUGGCUCUGCGCAGGGCCUACGGGUUCACGAUCCUGCUGUUCCAUGGCCAGAACGUGUUCUACACGCCGUUCCGUACGCAGCUGACGUCAGUGGUCGGCAAGCCCAUCCGCGUGCGUCGCAACUACGACCCCAGCGAUGAGGAGGUCGAGCACUACCACGGUCAGUACGUCGAUGAACUGACCCGCAUCUACAAAAAGUACAAGCCCCGGUACGAGCCGGCAGCUUCAGAGAUUCGCUUUGUUGCAUAG